AUGGCUAGCCUUGGGUGGAGUGUGAUGCUCAGGGGAAAUGAUGGGACAGGAACUGCCACUGCGCCAGAGGGCCAGAGCUACUGGCACCUGGAUCUUGUGCUCAUUGCCCAGCAAGAACCCGGCGAAAGUAGCUUCGUGGUCGACCAGAAUGAGACGAAUCUCGCCACUGAUCUGCUGCAAAGCCUCUUCGAACAAGACCUCUCCCAUUCCACCUUCCUGAGGUUGCUAUUCUCAGCAGAGGCCGGCACCAUAAUCAGGUCGGACUUUCUUUCCUACAGGCUCCAGGGUUGCGAGGAUGCUUACCAGGUCACGGGUUUCCUCACCCCAUUGGCAUCAGUAGCAGCAACAAGCCCAGACCAAGCUCUCAACGUCACCACAAAAGAAGGCUUCCUCUUCCUACUCCAAAGCUCAGUCGGCGGUGUCAUCGCCCACUCCACCAACCCCAAGGACACACUCCAAGCCCUCCGCGCCCGUUUGGACAACGAGUUCACUAAGCGACUCUCCAUCCCCUGGACAGUCCCACAGAGACUAACACAGAAACGCGUCUUUUGGGUCCAAGGCCGCGCCAAUAUCGAAGCAAGCCGGCAAUUUUACCAAGCUGCCCACGCCCUCGGCAUCACCCUCGUCGUCCUCGACGAGUCGGGCCAUUGGCUUGAAGAUGACGCCGGCCCGCACUCGCACUACCGUGAGGCCUUUCUUCCGGUCAGCAUCGCAGCAGAUGAGGGCCUCUCUCAGCGCAUUGUGGACGCUGUGCGGGCAUAUCCGCAUCCUGUGAAUGGCGUCGUGUGUAUUAGUGACGUGCGGUUGCCUCUCGUCGCGCGUGCGUGUGAGAUUUUGGGGCUAUCUACCUCCAGUUCAGCGGCGUACGUCAGGGCGGGGAAUAAGGGCGUCUCGCGGGAGAUUGAAGCCGCUGCAUCUGGGGAGGAGGAUGGGUUUGUCUUGCAGACAGCGGAGGAGCUAGAAGCUGUCCUGGCGGAGAAAAGGAAGGGAUUGAGGUAUCCUCUGAUCGUCAAGCCUUGCACCGGCUGGAACAGCGACUGUGUGGUCAAAGUGCGCGACGAGGGCGAGCUGCGGGCUGCUGUGAAGCGCGCAUCGGAUCGACAUGCUGCAUCUGCUGCGCGGAGCGUAAGUGUGGUGAUCGAACCGUACAUCGACGGGCCCGAGAUUGACGCAAACUUCAUCGUGUUAGACGGAGAAGUGCUCUUCUGUGACGUAACGGACGACUUUCCCUGCUCCGCCGACAUCCCAGGGAUGGACGGAAGCAAAGCUGCCAACUUCAUGGAGACACUCAUGGACGUGCCCUCGGCACUGCCCGACGAGGAGAGAGCCAUGAUGCGGGACUCGCUGGCCGAAAGCAUCGCGCGUCUUGGGUUCGAGUCCGGCGUGUUCCACUGCGAGGCCAGGGUCCGCGGGUCGCGGGCGUACUAUGCCGUCGACCCUGAUGAUGGCAUCCUCGACCUGCGUGUUCGCGAAGAUGCUCCCGCUGAAGCUCCGUCUUGCUACUUGCACGAGGUUAACGCGCGCCCGCCGGGGUACAUCAACUGCGUGGCAGCCCUCCUCGCCCACGGGGUCGAUUACUACGCCAUACGGCUGCUGCUCAGUCUCGGCUCGGAGGAAGAUGCGCGAGUGCGGGCGCUUUCGAAGCCUUUUCUGCAUGGCGUCCCUCAGUAUACGCUGGGCAUCUCGGUACUCGCUCCUACCAAGGCAGGAGUUAUGGGGUCUGAUGAUGCGGUGAAGGAGUUCCUCGAGGCAAACCCUGAUCUAGAGCGCCAUGUUGUGCAUUAUCAGACUGUGAAAGAGAAGGGGGAGGUGGUGCAGGGACCGGAGUCGAGUGAGUUGUGGUGCAUCGGGUACGUGAUCUUUGCGAGCAAGAAGGGAAGAAAGGAGUGUCUGAGAUUGGAUCGUGAGAUUAGAGAGCGGUUUACGUACAAGCUCAUGGACGACUGA